AAGAGACUCGGAGCACCUGGAGGUCGGCCGUUUAUCCCGGCAGAUGAGAGGGCUCUCCAUGAUGAGCGCACUUGGCUUUCAACGUCUCACCGAGUGCGACUCAGCGACCACAACCGCGUCCAAACGUGGCUCGGGGGAGCUUUCGAGGUGUGAAAAUCAAACUCAAAGUUGAGGUGCUGGAUGCUGUUAAAGCUGAAUCUGCCCCUGAGUUCAACAGGAAGAACCUGGAUGCUGACUGCUGCUCACCUUACAUUUUAGCCAGAAAAGUUGUUUCUCACUCCAAUUUUUAAGACGUUUAAGGACCUGAAUUUUAUUCCCAAACCGCUUGGUUCAUGCAAAGAUGUGAACACCCAUCUGUGUGUGCAAUCUGUAAUGCUUUUCUAACAGUGUUUUUGUGCCAGCUGCAUAAUUACAGAUUUAACAUCACUAACAUUCCCAAGAUGGAUUACCUGAUUUGAGCACAGUAGGGUUUUGUCUGCAUAUAUUAUACUUCUCUCUCAGUGUUUUUCUGCAUGCAUCCUGUAGUUUUAUUUUUCCUGAUGCAUUGCCAGCGUAAUGGCUCAUUUGCCAGGGGCAUCAUCAUUCAAAUGAUGUUGUGACAAGAUGGACUUAAUGUGAUCAUUACUCUAAUGGCUUUUAUGAGAAUGUCCUGAUGUCCCUUGUUCUCCCGUAGUGAAACACAAUAAAAUAGGUGCAUGUUACAGUCCACCUUUGCUGCACAGUGACAGUGUCGAGCACCAGCUUAGUAUUGGAACAGAUGUUUCCUGCCGGACAAUAUGACCCCAGCUCCUCUGACGCAGAACUGCUCCAACUGCAGCCAGGUAUUAGUCCCAGAGGUCAACUUGGUCAAAGCUGUGGUUUUGGGCCUGAUACUUGGCGUCUUCAUUGUGUUUGGAAUUGUGGGGAACAUCCUAGUAAUCCUCUCAGUGGUUUGCCAUCGACACCUGCGGACAGUCACGCAUUAUUUCAUAGUUAAUCUGGCGGUGGCAGAUUUGCUGCUGAGCUCCACUGUACUACCCUUCUCUGCCAUUUUUGAGAUUGUGGAUCGUUGGGUGUUUGGACGGGCUUUUUGCAAUGUUUGGGCAGCUGUGGAUGUGCUCUGCUGCACGGCCUCCAUCAUGAGCCUCUGUGUGAUCUCUGUUGACCGCUACAUUGGAGUCAGUUACCCCCUGCGUUACCCAACCAUAGUGACAAAACGCAGGGCGCUGCUGGCAGUGAUGCUCCUCUGGGUGCUGUCUAUCAUCAUAUCUAUUGGACCUUUGUUUGGCUGGAAAGAGCCGGCACCUGAGGAUGAAUCCAUCUGCAAGAUCACAGAGGAGCCGGGCUACGCUAUCUUCUCUGCUGUGGGCUCGUUCUACCUCCCCCUGGCCAUCAUACUGGUCAUGUACUGUCGGGUUUACGUGGUAGCACACAGGGAGAGCCGGGGCCUGAGGGAGGGCCAGAAGAAGUCAGACUCUGAGCGGGUGAUACUCAGGAUACACAGGGGCAACACAACUGUAUCAGAGGACGAGGCCCUUCGCAACCGCACACAUUUCGCACUGAGACUGCUCAAGUUCUCACGCGAGAAGAAGGCCGCCAAGACCCUGGGCAUUGUGGUUGGUUGCUUCGUGUUGUGCUGGCUGCCCUUUUUCCUGGCGCUUCCCAUUGGUUCCAUAUUUCCUGCGUACAGACCUUCAGACACUGUCUUCAAGAUCACCUUCUGGCUCGGUUACUUCAACAGCUGCAUCAACCCCAUCAUCUACCCCUGCUCCAACCAGGAGUUUAAAAAAGCUUUCCAGAGUUUACUGGGAGUUCACUGUCUGAGAAUAACUCCCAGGUCACACCAUCAUCAUCAUCUGAGUGCAGGUCAGGGUCAAGCUCAGGUUCACAGCCAGCCCCUCACGCUGGGCCUGGACAGCAGGGGGGCUCCCUGUCGGCUCAGCCCGUCCUCCUCUAUGGCUCUGUCCAGAACCCCGUCCUCCAGGGACAGCAGGGAGUGGAAGCCCUUUCCUGGAGGCCCUGCAGGUGGAUCUGGACCGGCCGAGACAAGCAGGGAUAAAGUGGCCAAACUUUGCAGUAAAAGCUUCCAUCGGACCUGCUGCUGCAUCCUCAGCCGCGGGACUCCCCCGCCGCAGGAGUCAAACUGUGCCCAACCCCCGCCUGUCGGAAACCUUCCCACCAUCAAAAUCCACCAACUGUCCCUGUCAGAGAAAGGAGAGCCUGUUUAGCCACUGUAAUCCUCCAUCCAUUAGUCAUGACACCCUUUUCAAGGUCACACAUGAGAAUACUUUUCCCUUUGCUCUGUCGGAUGAGCUGUGCCUAAAUGACGGCUGCUGCGAAAUUUAAAGCUUUGAUAUCAGUCUGUGAUUUUUUCCUUGAUUUAAAAAAAUAACCAUCAUACACUACA